AUGUCUGGGAUACUGGCGAGAACAUUUAACGUCUUCCUGAACGACGACGAAGGUCCCAGAACAGCGAGGAGAGUCGUUGCAAAUCCCGAUCUUUUCAAAGCGAACAAACUAUCUACCGGGGACGUUGUGGCCGUUGGCCCGACUCAAGUUUCUUCUGGUACCAAGGAAAUCGCAGUCGGAACCCUUUGGCCAUCUUCGGACGUCCCGUUGGACUGUGAACCAUCAGCCUUGGCGAUCUCGCAAUCCCAUGCCCUGACUGCUGGACUGCAGCCAGGAAAAUCAGCACGAUUAUAUCCAUUGACCGGUCCUGCAUCUGCAACCAAACCGCCAGGUCUGCCUUCGGUUCAGCAUGCCAAGGAAGCGAAGAAGAUUUUUCUUCAGGAACUUAGUCCUGACCCGUCUCACGACGAGAAGGGACAAAAGCUCGAAUGGCUGAUUCUGCUGAUACGAGAAUAUUUAGCUGACCAGGCAUAUCUAGUCGAUCUAAAGUACAUCUUGAUCAAUCAGACAUUCAAGGUCUCGUUCGAAGGCAAGGAACGAUGUUUCUCUGUCGUCCGCCUUUCUGCUUCUUCCGAUGGGGACUUGGCAACAGAGAUGGGGAACAUGAGCUUGGUUUCGUCGCUCCAACUCUGGACUGUAAGCUGGGACCUAGAAAUCGCGUUUGAGACUUCCCCGUCUACCCCACAAAAGCCCAAAUUUGAGACCCUCUCCCACCAGUCUGUUCAAGAUGCUUAUUCUUCUGUCGGUGGUUUAUCGAAGCAGAUCGAAGAAAUCCGCGACCUUCUGGAAAUCCCCUUGACGAGACCAGACCUCUUCAAAUAUUUCGGCUUGAAGCCCCCUCGCGGUAUUCUCCUGCACGGUCCCCCAGGUACCGGUAAAACGCAUCUCGCCCGAGCCAUUGCAUCUUCAACUCAAUCUUCUGUUCUCGUCAUCAAUGGACCUGAGCUCUCCUCUGCGUAUCACGGCGAAACUGAAUCAAAACUCCGAGAAGUAUUCAAGGAAGCUCAUGCUAAAAGCCCGUGUAUCGUGGUUCUAGACGAGGUGGAUGCCCUGGUCCCUCGCCGGGAGGAUGGUGCUGGCGGGGAAGUCGAGAAACGUGUCGUUGCUACCCUGUUGACUAUUCUUGAUGGGAUGGGUGGGGACGACGAUGAUUCCAGGGGGAAGGUGGUCGUGGUCGCGACCACGAAUCGACCGAACGCGAUCGACCCCGCACUGCGAAGACCCGGAAGGUUUGACCGAGAAAUUGAAAUCGGUAUACCCGAUGCCGAAGCCAGACUUUCCAUCCUCAAUGUCCUCCUGGCCAAAACACCUCACAAUAUCUCCCAAUCUCAACUUCACUCUCUCGCCUCUCGGGCACAUGGUUAUGUAGGCGCCGAUCUCAGUGCCGUCGUUCGCGAAGCAGGCACAAUCGCGAUCAAGCGCUGGGUCUCCCAACGACCCACCUCCACCUCUUCCAAGGACGAAGGGUUGAUUCUGGACAUUGCGGACCUGGACGCCGCGCUUCCCAUGGUUCGGCCUUCCGCCAUGCGAUCCUUGUUCGUCGAUACGCCUGCCGUUCGGUACUCGGAGAUUGGAGGACAGGCGGAGGUUAUUCAGAAACUUCGCGAAGCCGUCGAAUGGCCGCUGUUGCAUCCCGAGGCGUUCCAGAGGCUUGGCGUGAAGCCACCCAAGGGCGUGCUGUUGUAUGGCCCGCCUGGAUGUAGCAAGACUGUCUUGGCUAGGGCAUGUGCCUGCGAGAGUGGUGUGAAUUUCGUGGCUGUCAAGGGUCCCGAGCUACUGAACAAAUUCGUUGGUGAAUCUGAGCGGGCAGUCCGGGAAGUGUUCAGAAAAGCUCGGGCAGCCUCGCCCUCUAUCAUCUUUUUCGAUGAAAUUGACGCGCUUGCAGUCUCCCGCUCAGCCUCCGAAAAGGAUUCAGGCGCUUCGCACGAGGGUGUCUUGACAAGUCUUUUGAACGAGAUGGAUGGCGUGCAGGAACUGGUCGGUGUCACGGUGGUCGCUGCCACCAAUCGACCAGAAGCUCUGGAUUCGGCAUUGAUGCGUCCCGGCCGACUGGAUCGUAUUCUCUAUGUUGGGCCACCGGAUCUUGCUGGCCGUGAAGAAAUCUUUAAGAUCAAGCUCAAGCGUAUGACUGUUGCGCCGGAUGUGAACGUUAGGGAGCUUGCAACCCUCACUGAGGGAUGCUCUGGUGCUGAAAUUACUGCCCUCUGUCAAGAGGCUGCUUUGUUGACCAUGAGAGAAGAUAUGAACGCUCCUCACGUGUCUCGUGAAGCUUUCGUCAACGCUGCGAAAUCUACUAAACGACAGAUCACGCCGGCUGUAUUGGCCAAGUUUGCUCGAUGGCGUGAAGAAAGCGAGAUUCGGCAGCUUUGA